AUGAAUCCCAACGUGGCGCUCCCCGCCACGACUUUCCUCGGCAUCGCGCUCUACAACGUUCUCGAGCUGACGUGCCUCAUCUUCCUCUCCGGCCGCCACCCCGGCCGCUGGCGGUCGCACCACCCGGGCCCGCACUCCUCCCCUUCCUCCUCCUCGUGGCAGUGGCAACAGCAGCACCACCGCGCCCGCGGCCGGCACGCCCGCCUCUUCUUCUGGUCCUUCCUCAUCGCGACCUGGGCCAUCGUCCCCUACGCCGUAGGCAUCCUGAUCAAGGGCCUGCAAUUGGUGCCCCCUGACCGCAACGCUGCCUUCGCAGCGCCGGUGUUGCUGGGCUGGGGCCCCAUGAUCACGGCCCAGGCCCUCGUGCUCUACUCGCGCCUGCACCUCGUCGACCGCAGCCGCCUGCGCCUGCGCGCCGUCCUCCUCAUGAUCAUCGCGGUGGCGACGGUAUGCCACGUUCCCCUCGCCGUACUCUUCGUCGGCGCGACCUCAGCCAAUCCGGCCCGCUGGGUCGAGCCCUACGUCCUGGCCGAGAAGACGCAGGUCGUCAUCGUCUUUGUGCAGGAGCUCGUGCUCUCCGGGCUGUAUGUCUUCCACUCUGCGCGGCUGCUGCGCAGCCCGGACAACGUCUCUGCGUGCGUGGGCCGGCGGCGCGACGAGGUCGCGGCCUUGCGGCGGCUGGUCUUGGUUAACGUCGUGAUUAUUGUGCUCGACGUGGGCAUCUUGGUGCCUGAGUACGCGGGCCGCUUCGAUCUGCACGCUGCGUGCAAGGCGCUGGUGUACUCAAUUAAGCUCAAGGUCGAGUACGACAUCCUCAACCGCCUCACCGACCUGCGGGGUUUAUCGGCGUCGGCGGCUAUGCCGUACCCGGGUGUCCCCGAGGCCGGCAAUAUGGUCAGCGUUGAUGGACAGCCCAUGCAGAUGGCGGAGCAUCACCUGCACCACCAACAUUUCCAUCACAGGUGGCAGACGACGACGGAUCAGCAGCCAUUGUCGUUCGAAAUCUACGAUGGCAGCCAGGACGUGAAGUUCCGGGGAGACGGAAGCGUGCUAAGCCAGUCUCGCGGUGAGCUCCCGAGUAAUUUCACCACAUGCAAUGCGUUUGCCCAAGGCGGUCGCCUCACCCGAGUAAGCAGUGUGGGUGUUACCCCAGACAGCGGGAUCAUGGUCAGGACUACGACCGAUGUGCAAUCGGUUCAUCAAUCCAUCCGGACGGAUGUGGAAUAG